AUGGCCUCCUCCAACGACGCGGCACAAUUACCACCAGCCGCCGAGCGCCAGGCCAGCUUUGAGCAAGCCGUCGCCUACUCCCUUCACCUCUGGCCUGCCCUGACCCUCGCCGUCCAAAACGGCUGGGGAGGCCCCGACUCUGCCGACAAGCGCGACUGGUUCGCCGGCGCCAUCGCGGACUUGUUCCCCGAGUUUUCCGACGCCGCCCCGAGCCAGCAGGCCCCGAGCGCGGGCGAGCCCGACGAGCAAGAUGUGGAGACGGUCCUGCUGCAGGUCAUGAUGGACGAGUUCGAGGUCAACACGGACGACGACUCUGCGCUCGAAGUCGCCGGCAACAUCGUCCGCGCGCGGGCCCAGUGCGCAGUCGGUCAGUUUGACGAGGUACGCAGGUUGGCAGAGCGCUUCUCCAAUCUCAAAGGCAGCAAGGUGGACUGCCUGUUCAAAAAGGCCGAUGACGCAGACCAGGAGACGGACUGGGAGUCGGAUGAUGAUGAUGUUGACGAAGAUGACGAAGACGACAACGUCGACGACGUCGGUGCUGGUGGUGCUGAUGUGGGCAUGGAUGAUGCGCCGGGGUCUGCUUCCGCGCAGAGAGAAAAGGGCCAACCCGAGGUCGAUGAAGACGGCUUCACCAAAGUCACUCACAAGAGGCGAUAG